AUGUCUAAGGGACACUGCGUCAAGUGUAAAAGUGGAUUUAAGAAUACGAAAGAAACUGUGGUGAAAUGUUGUUUUUGUGAUGGUUCCGUUCAUACUAAAUGUCUUGAGUAUGAUGAUGAAAUGUUACGAAUUAUUAACAGUGGUAAAAAUGUAAAGUAUUUUUGUGAUAAUUGCUUGUUGCAUUCGGACAAUUUGAAAUCUCUCAGCAUAUUGAUUGAGAAACAGGAUGACUGCAAUAGGCAGUUGAAACAAAUUAUGGAUAGCAGUGAUGAAAUCAGGAGUGAGUUGAAACAGUUUAAGACUUCUGUUGAUCAAAAUUAUGAUAAAUUUGAUCUUAUUAAAGCAGAUGUUGACUCAUUACUUGAUAAAUCUACUGCUAAUGUUAAAAGUGAGUUUGAUAAAUCAAUAAAUGUUGUCAAGAAAGAGUUUAGUUCAUUGUGGACCGAUGUUGUGAAAAAUAAAUUGGAAGUAGUAACUAAUGAAGUCAAAUCUGUUAAACACACGUUAGAUGUAUCCAAUGAUAGCAAAGAACGGGAGAAUAACAUGGUUAUAUUCAAUUUGAAGGAAUCUGAAAAUGCUGGCAAGGAUAGAGAUGUUGUCAUGUUUAUUUUGAUGUCAAUGACAGAGAACAAACUUAAUAAUGCUGAUAUUCUGGUAAUAACUCGUCAGGGACAUAGACGUGACGGAGUUUUGAGGCCUCUCAUCAUCAAAUUCAGUAAUGCUGUAUCGAAAAUGUUGACGCUGAAGACAUCCUUCAGAAUUAAGUUGCUUGAAGGUGACUUAAAAAAUAUUAGGGUAAGUCAUGACCUAAGCCCUGAACAGCGUGUUGAAUUGAAAUCGCUGUUGGAUAAAGCCAAGUCUAACAAUGUUGAAGAUAAUGAUUUUUUUAUACAGGGUCAGAGGCCCUAUCGGACGGUGGAAAAUAAUCAAGUUUCCCAAAGUAGUCACUGCUCAAUAAUUAAAAUGGGUUUGUAUAAUAUGAGGUCUAUUGUUAAUAAGCUUGGUGUCGUUUAUGAUUUAUUGUCUGAUGAUCUUGAUUUCUUUGUUGUUGUUGAGUCCUGGCACGGUUCUUUAGAUCAUAAUAUAAUCCAGUUAGGUAUGCCGCCUAAUUAUGUUUAUGUUGAUCGUUUGAGGCCAAAUGAUCUCUAUCAUGGUGGCAUUAUUGUCUUUCUUAAGUGUUCUUUUGGUUUUAGCAAAAUUGAGCUUCCUAUUGUUCAAACAUUUGAGGCACUGGCCAUUCAUUUAUCGUCCUGGGUCUGA